AUGGCAGGCGGAAUCAGCAUCACGAGGCGCGCUCUAUCCCUAACAGCACCGGCAGCAUCGGCGGUGCCAUGCUUAUCUGGUCAACACCUUGCAGCGCAGAAGGAAACUCUUGUGGUGGAAAUCACCAAUCUCCAAGACAGUGCCCCGCCUUUUCCUCCGAGCUGCUUCCACUCUGCUCUGAGGGCGCAGGAGUCUGCAACCAGGCCGGUUUUGUUUACCAAAGGGCUUGACGUGGUUUCGGAAGCAAUCAGAAGUGCCCUGAAAGGUGGUCAGAGGUGCGUGCUUCUUGGCGAAGGUGUUCUCAAAGCUCCGUGGUACACAAAUCUGCCCGGUGAGGGAAAAGCGUGGAGCAACAACGCCUUCUCCUUCUCUACAAGAGCAGAGUUAAGUCCUCAAAAGGCGGAGACUCAGAGUUGUUCAGAGAAGCGGGACAGCCUUUCGAAGGAAAACGGUAUUGGUUCAGACAAGAUGACUAUUGGCAUUCUGGAUGAGUCCCAGAAAGGGAUGGGCGUAGCCGGCCCCCCUGUGCAGGCUGUUCGCUUUGUCUUCGACCGGAUAGAGGAGCUGGGGCGCAAACACGGGUAUGAACUCAGUCGGACCAUGGACUCAAGGCUCAAAGAACCCGUUUACAAACCACUUGUUGAGGAGCUGCUAAAGUCCUGGGACGCAUACCCCAACGUCUUUGAAAGUGUCUUUUGGGAUGUCCUCAUGAAACUGCAGGCAGGGCGGCAUACGUCAUUCCGUGUGAACAACUUCGUGGCUCUAUUUCUGGUGGAUGGAGAACUAGCAGUGGGGAAUAAACUGGGGGUCAAGCUCCUGGCUAAGAUGCGCGAGAAGAUGCUGGUAGAGGCGAGGACGAAUCCUGACCCGGUGCAGGUCGAGAAUCUUGCCAGCUUGGCUCGUGAAAUCGCCCUUAACUUAUACUUCGGGAAGCAGAAGGAGGCUCUGGGUCCUUUCUUGAAGGAGACCGGCUUUGUUGGCGAUAUUUCUGAGGACUUUCAGGAGGUAGUGGAAUUUCUCUUCCUCCAAACCGCAUUCCCACCGAUCAGUUUCACAGCCCUCUUGCUGAACAAAAUGGCUGCAGGCAGCGCCGGUUUUGCGAGGCGCGCUCUCUUCUUAGCAGCACCGGCAGCACUGGCGGUGACAUGCUUCGCCGGAAGGCAGCAUUUGGUGCACCAGGAAGAGUUUGUGACGGACAAGACCUGUUUUGAACAAAACGCCUCACUUUUCCCUCCGAGCUUCCACGCAGCACAAACGGCGCACGAACUGGCUAACGGAGGAUUGUUCAUCAAAGGGCUUGACGCGGCUGCUGACGUCAUCCGGGGUGUCCUGAGCGACGGUCAGAGCUGCCUGCUCCUCGGCGCAGACGUCCUGAAAGUACAGGAGCUGUGCAAACGCGGGUACGAUGCUAGUGGGAGCGUGGACGCAAGGGCCAGAGACCUGGUGUACACACCGCUUGCUAAGGAGCUGCUGAAGUCUUGGGACGCGUACCCGGACACUUUUGAGAGUGUGUUCUGGGAUGCUCUCAUGAAACUGCAGGCAGGGCAGUCCACGGAAUACCGUUUGAACGAUUUCGUGGCUAACUUUCUGGUGGAUGGAGAACUAGCAGUGGGAGAUAAAAUGGGGGCCAAGCUGCUGGGGUAUGUGGUCGCGAAGAUGCUGGUAGAGGCAAGAACGAACCCUAACCCGGUGCAGGUUGGGAAUCUUGACAGCUUAGCUCUCAAGAUCAACCUUUCCUUGUGGCAGGCAAAGCGGAAGGAUCUGCUCGGUCCAUUCCUGAAGAACGGCUACUGGCAGAGUGCUUGAGGACUUUCGAGAAGCGCGGAAAGAGAACGUGGCGGAAGCCCGGGCUUUUGCGGCGAAGAUCCCAAAGAAGCUGCCUCCGUGGGCCUCCAACACCACGACCUCAGAGAGAUCUUGAGAUGUAGGCGUAGUGAAACCCACAGGCUGCCUUCUUGUUCAGGAUGCAGAUCUGUCGGAUGGAAGUAAUGAAGAAGCGAGUCAGUUUCAAGGAUGCACGAUACAGGGAACGGCCUAGCGGACAGUUGGAAUUGGUCUUAAGCCCGUCUUUAAGUCGUGGCUCAUGAGUGACGCGCAAAGGUUACUUAUUAUGUACAUGUGCACCGCGACGUAGGUCAUUAGUGGCGGC